AUGAAGGUGAAAUGGCAGCUGUCAAUGGUGUUGCUGGUGAGACGUCUAGUGGGAAUGGAAACAUGGCCACAAUAUGUGCUUUCAUCUGUUGUUCUUCCUGAUGAAAGAUUUUUUUUUCUUAAUUUGACUUUGGCUGAUUUGGCAGAAGAAUAUAUGGAGCAAGAAGGCGGGAUGGGAGGUGAGUCAGCAGAACACGAGAAGUUUGUGUUUGCAGACGUUGUAGAGACAAUGCAUGGAUAUCGGAGGUCCCUGCACAGAAGCCCUAGUUCAAUUAUCUCCGAAGAUCUUUCAGAUCCUGUUCAUUCACAUAAAGAUCUGGACAAAGAUGCAGCACUAUAUUUUAGAAAAGUUGGAGUUGCAAAAAUGAAGGUGAUUAUUGAAAGAACUGGUGGACUUGUUGUUUUAGCUGAAAGUUUUGGUCAUUCGAUUUUUCAAGAUUCAUUCAAACAUGUUUUUGAGAAAGGAGAAGAUGGCACACUUAAAAUUACAUGUUCAAAGGAUAUCAAGAUUCAGGGGAUCAUAGGACCUUGCACAUCUUUGGAUAAGCUAUGUGGACUUGAUAAAGACACUUAUUUGACUGUUUUCUUUGAUAUAUCAUCAAGUGAUAAAGAUCCUUGUUGUAUAUACAAACCACCACAAGAUACCAGAGUUUUGAUGGGCAACCGAAACUAUGAGUCACUACAAUCACUAGAAGAUGGGUAUAGAGUGCUAUUAUUUCAGAGCAUGUAUUUUGUUUGGAUGGAGUUGCACCCAUGGAAACCACUCAAGCUAUUAACAACUCCGAAUCUCACACCACCACAAUAA